AUGCCUUGCUGUGGAUCCUGUCUUAAGAAAAAAGAGAACGAGAGUACAAAUGAUGGUGCAACCACAAACAAUUGCCAGACAGCACCACCUCGAGGACCCCUUUAUGGUGGUGGAGGCAGCAUGAGAGCACCAAGAACCAAUGGAGCUGGGCCUCAAAAAGAUUUGCCAAUUGAAGCCCCAUCUUUAUCAUUCGAUGAAAUAAUCAAAAUGACAGAUAAUUUUGGUCCAAAAUCUUUAAUUGGUGAAGGCUCUUACAGUCGGAUUUUCUAUGGAAAGUUAGAAGAUGGGGAAGAAGUAGCCAUAAAGAAACUCGACACCACCUCUUCAACCGAACCCGAAUCUGAAUUUAAGGAAAAGUUAUCCAUGAUUUCAAGACUAAAAAACGAGUACUUCUCCGAAUUGCGUGGUUAUUGUUUGGAAAAACGCAACCGAAUCUUGUUAUAUCAAUACGCAAACAAGGGUGGUUUGCAUGAAAUAUUACAUGGGAGAAAGGGUGGUAAUGAAGGUGGGAUAGUUUUGAACUGGAACCAGAGAGUUAAAAUUGCUUAUGGAGCAGCAAGAGGUCUUGAGUAUUUACAUGAAAAGGUUCAGCCUCCAAUAGUUCAUCGUGACAUUAGGUCAAGCAAUGUGUUGGUGUUUGAUGAUUUUCAAUCAAAAAUAUCCGAUUUCAGUUUGUGCAAUAUGUCUUCUGACAACACAGCUCGAUUGCAUUCCACAAGAGUUUUGGGAACUUUUGGCUACCAUGCUCCUGAAUAUGCAAUGACAGGGCAAAUAACACACAAGAGUGAUGUGUAUAGCUUUGGGGUUGUUCUUUUGGAACUUUUGACAGGAAGAAAACCAGUGGAUCACACAAUGCCUAAAGGCCAACAGAGUCUUGUUACUUGGGCGACUCCAAGAUUGAGUGAGGAUAAAGUAAAGCAAUGUGUAGAUCCCAGGUUAGGUAAUGAUUAUCCCCAAAAGGCAGUUGCUAAGAUGGCAGCAGUUGCAGCACUUUGUGUACAAUACGAGGCAGAUUUUAGGCCAAAUAUGACAAUUGUAGCGAAAGCAUUGCAACCACUUCUCAACUCAAAGCAAUCAGCCUCAGAAUCUUGACCUUUGUGAAUAUUUAUUUAUUAGACCACCCUCAAGAUUCAUGUCACCAUGUUCGACUACUUCAAUCCCAAAAAUGGGGAUUGUUUGUUUCAAUCCCAGAGGAAGGAUUCAAAGUGGUACAAGGACAGACAAUUUUGAAGCUCAGAGAUGAUCAUCUUCCCAUCCCAUGUAUUUAAAGAUUUAAAGAUUUUAUCUUGUGUAUACUUUAGGGGAACAUAUGUAACAAUCUUGAUCCACAUUUGAUUCAUUUGUUUCCCCUAGCGUAGCAUUUAUAAGUUGCUAUAACAUGUUUUUAGAUAGUUUUCAUGUAAAAACAUUUGUACAACGGACCCAACACGAAAAAAUCAUUACAAU